AAUUGAGAAUUCCAUGAUCCAUCAUCUGUAUUUUAGAUUGGUUGGGAUUAAUGGCAGCAAUGGAGAAGAGACAAGAGGAAGGGAGGGUUAGGGUUUUGAUAGAGAAGGCGACGAACUCCACGGCUCCGGAGGUUGACCCGCGACUUCUCAAGGCUAUCAAAUCGGUCGUUCGAUAUUCGGAUUCCGAGCUCCGACUCGCUGCCCGUACCCUUAUGGCCCUCAUGAAGCGGGAUCACUCUCAGGUUAGGUACCUCACGCUUCUCAUAGUUGAUGAACUCUUCAUGCGGUCGAAGCUUUUCAGAACCGUCCUUGUUGAGAAUUUGGAUCAGUUACUGAGUUUGAGUGUUGGGUUCAGAAGAAAUCUGCCUCUCCCUGCUCCACCAGCCGUGGCAUCUGUUUUGCGGUCGAAGGCAAUCGAAUUCUUGGAGAAGUGGAACACUUCCUUUGGGAUUCAUUACAGGCAGCUCAGAUUAGGAUUUGACUACCUUAAAAACACCCUCAAGUUUCAAUUUCCUAAUCUACAGGCACAUGCAGCACGGAUUCAGCAGGAGAGAAGUGAAAGGGAAAGGAGGUCAAAAGAGAUAUUACUAAACAAAUUUGAAAUGUUGAAGGAGAAUUUCUCAUCAAUAAAGGAAGAAAUAAAGUUAACGAUAGAUGAGAUUGGGGAGUGUUUAGACAUUGUCUGUACAAAAGAGGAAUUCAUGCCACCAGGUCCUUUAGAUGAUGAAGAUUUUGUGGAGUUUCGUUCAUCUGAACUGCUGGAAAUACGUCUCAAUACUUUAAAAGAAGGGGGAAAGGUUCAUGAAAACAGUGAAAAUAAAGUGGUUUUUGAUGCAUUGAGGGAGCUAUACAAGCUUUUAGUGACAAAGCAUUUGGUUUCAGUCCAAGAAUGGAUUUCCAUUCUUGUAAGGGUUGAAGUAGCAGACAUUAGGUUCAGAGAUUCUGUUUUGAAGGAGUUAAUCGACAUCCGAAAUAAUCUCAUAUCGGUGAAGAAGAAGUGUGAAGAGUCCGGUUGUGCUCUUGUGACAACUGCAAAUCAUGAUGAAGAAGAUGAAGAUUUCUGGGAGGAGGUUAAGAUUGGAUCACUUGAGAAUGGGAGAUCCGCUGUGCCUGGUAAGCUAAAUGAAGAUAUUUCCAUGGCGUCAACAUCUAGUGAGUUGAAAAAUAGAACUCCUGAAAGCAGUAACAGAGAUUGUAAUGACAAUGAAAUGCUCAAUCGUGAAGAUGAUGAAACCAAUUCAAACCCUUUGAGGGGUAAGCUUCUGGCUGAAGCUCCAGUGAUGGAGUGGGGCUCUUUCUUAGAUAACUGGGGUUCAAGCAGGGAGGUUUUGGCUAACCAGCGGGGAUUGGAGCUUGAGAGUCACUGGGGGAGAGUGGACUAUAAUGCAGUUAUUCCAGCUGAGAAAAUUGCAGAAUUAAAUGUUCAUGCAACUCUUUACAAAGAGGAGCCGACGGAAAUUCAACCAUGCCGUGCUCCUUUGAGGAGAGGGGGAGUUUGUCAGAGAAAAGAUUUGAGAGUUUGUCCGUUUCAUGGACCUAUUGUACCCCGAGAUGAUGAAGGAAAACCACUCAAUCAGAACUCUUUAAAAGAUGAGAUAACUCUUGAUUCAAGGAUUGAUUUAGUUGAGCAGUUAGCAAAACAAGCUGUGAGGAAUGUUCGUGAGAGAGAUAAAGAGGUAACAAACAAGAGAGAAAUUGAUAAACAGUCGAUGAAGCGCGCAAAGCUUGCCAAAAUCAGGGAGCACAAUGCAGCUGUUCUAAGGGAUGCUGCGUUGGCAUCAACGUCAAGAUCUGCAGAUAUUGGACAAGAUAUGGAGGUGACUAACAGUGAGACAUCCUCGGCCAGAAACAAAAAGGAAACACUGUCGUCCAUGCUGCGUAAGAAAGUUACAUCGAAAGAUAGGUUAGCUCAGAGGCUUUUGAAUACGAGAGUGAAGGAUGCGACAGUAAGAGAGCUUACAUCAGGUGAAGAUGCAAAUUACCGAGAAGCCUUUCCAAAUCAAUGGUAAUGGAAACUUAUGCUAUGCUUUUAGGCUAUUUUUGAGAUGUAUAAGAAUUACAUAGAUGCACAUGGUGGUUACAUACCAGCAGAUUCAGUUGUAUUAAAGGAGACUUUGGGAGUUGGUCUCUCUCACAACUGAUUGCAUGAGACUGAGGCGUGUAGCAGGUUUUGCUCGCCGGUCUUUUUGGACUAUCAGGUCUGAGGAGUGGUACAGAAUGAUGUUGUGGGCAACACAUUGGCCAAUUUGUAUUAUAUGUAUAAUUAUUUUUCCAUUUUAAC